UCGGUCCCUAAUGCGCAUGCCAACUUUUUGCAACCUUCUAUUUCCACACAGCAACUACAAAAUCAACAGUAGAGUUUCAGUACAUAAAGACCUAAUUAAACUGUCGGCAGAGCUCCAGUUCUACUUCUCCGUCUCGGUUCAUCCGCCGCCGUGAAAAGUGGUGUUUGGGCGGUGCCACUGAUCUACAUUCUACAUAAAUUAUGGAGGGUCGCCGCCAUAUAGUCCAUUUCUUGGUGUCUGUCAUACUAUUGUUGUUUCAUUGCUUGGUGGCCGGCGCCAGCCCUCUCCGGCAAGUGUUUGAGCCACAUUGGUAUCCCGCCACCGCUACUUGGUACGGUAGCCCCGAAGGCGACGGCAGUGACGGUGGGGCGUGUGGAUACGGGUCACUGGUGGAUGUGAAGCCAUUACGAGCUCGAGUCGGGGCGGUGAGCCCGGUAUUAUUUAAAAAUGGGGAAGGGUGCGGGGCGUGCUAUAAAGUGAGGUGCUUGGACAAGUCGAUAUGCUCUCGAAGGGCCGUGACAGUCAUAAUUACGGACGAGUGCCCUGGAGGUUACUGCUCGAAUGGCCAUACCCACUUUGACCUUAGUGGUGCCGCCUUUGGCCGGAUGGCUAUCUCCGGUGAUGGUGGCGGGUUGCGCAACCGUGGCGAAAUUUCCGUCAUCUACCGACAGACACCAUGUAAGUAUCGUGGGAAAAACAUUGCCUUUCAUGUCAAUGAAGGAUCAACUGACUAUUGGCUCUCACUUUUAGUCGAAUUCGAAGAUGGAGAUGGCGAUGUUGGGUCGAUGCAAAUAAGACAGACAAAUUCGAACGAAUGGCUCGAGAUGACACAUUUAUGGGGUGCAAAUUGGUGCAUUAUUGGGGGACCCUUGAGAGGACCAUUUUCUGUAAAGUUAACGACACUAUCAACGGGAAGAAGCCUAUCUGCAAGGGAUAUUAUUCCCAGAAAUUGGUCUCCAAAAGCCACUUAUACUUCCCGCCUCAACUUCUACUAAACCCAUGAUAGUCGAUCGAAUACCCGGACAACCUAAAGAUACGAUGAAAUAUUUGUCGAUUCAUUUUCACCCCAAAAAAAAAAAAAAAAAAAUGAUGUUUCUUUUUAUUAGUUCGGAACCCUUUGUCCUGCUUUCUAUGGUGUGUGAGUCAGUAAGUGGAUGUGAGAGUUAAUUAUUGAAUUAAAUGUUAUGUAAUGUCGUUGUGUAGCCCUCUCCAAAGGGAGAGAGUGCGAUUUUUCAAGUGUGGAUGUUAUUUAUGUAAUGUUGGAUAGGUUAGGUUUUAUUAGGUUCUUUUGUUUUGGACCAAACAGUUAUGGUUGUGAUGUUGUUCACUUGUUUUUAAUAAGAUUUUCGUAUUAUUCCCAAUA